CACAGGGACCUGGACCCGCUCUGCCCUGCCAGAGGCAGACAUGGUGCCCCUGCUGCUGCUGCCCCUGCUGUGGAGGGGGGGGGGUCCCUGCAGCAGCAGCAUCCAGGCUAUGAGCUCCUAGUGCAGAAAUCGGUGACGGUGCAGGAGGGUCUGUGUGUCCACGUGCCCUGCUCUUUCUACCCAUGGAGUUCGUGGUCUUCCUCUACCAAAGUCAACACCUACUGGUACCGGGACGGGGACAAGACAAAACGUCCUGUGGCCUCAAGCAACCAAGAUAAACAAGUGAAGACAGAGACCAAAGGCCGCUUCCUCCUCGCGGACCCCAGGACCAACAACUGUUCCCUGCAAAUCAGAGACGCCAGGAGGAGUGACAGAGGACGCUACUUCUUCCGAGUGGAGAUAGGAAAUCCUGCAUAUAAUCACCAAGGAAAAGUACAAGGAUAUAAGUUCCAAGGAUAUAAUUACAAAUAUAAGAUGCUGGAUUUGCAGGUGGCAGCCCUGACAGAGAAACCCCACAUCCGUGUACGGGAGCCUCUGGAGUCCGGCUGCCCCACACAGCUGGCCUGCAGCUUGACAGAGGCCUGCGAAGUGGGACAACGUUUCUCCUUCUCCUGGGCGGGAGCCGCUGUGGACUCGCUGAACCCCCAGACCCGCCGCUCCUCGGUGCUCACCUUCACCCCGAGGCCCCAGGACCAUGGCACCAGCCUCACCUGUCAGGUGAAAUGGGAAGGAUCCCGGUGGACCACACAGACCACCAUCCGGCUCAAUGUCUCGGCUGGGUCCCUAGAGGUAGUGUGA